GUACGUGCGCGUACCCCUGUAUCGCGUGGUGGGGAUCAUCCAUGUUGCUGCUAGUGGUGGAGAUAAGGUUGUAAUCCUGCGAGGCCCUGGGACACGUUUCUUUAUUUUGUAUACAUGUUUUUAUUGCCGACUACUCUGCGUCUUAGGCUGGAGAUCUUUUUGGUCUAAGGAGCGACAGAGGAGCGGCAGACUCCGCCGGAACAACUUCACAUUUCCUUUUGAAAUUGAAGGCGAAUUCGGGCCCGGAGGAGGGGGGUGGGGGGGGAAGAAGAGGGCUGGUAAUCCUGAAGGGGGAAGAAAGACGGCGGUGUGUGGAAAUGGCCACUCAGGUGGAGGCUCUCAUGCCGGGCAACCCGCUGUUGGCGAAGGAGCACGGAGAAGUGAUGCCGGAGGAAGACGCACGGAGCGGCGAGGGCGCACGGCGGAGCGGCGAGGACGCACGGGGCGACGACGGUGCCAAGAGCCGGCAGACGGGUGUCGCAGAGCCGGGGAGCGGCGGCAGCAGCCCCGGGCAGCAGGGAGGGACCACCACCGAGGACGCGGAGGAGCGGACCUCCAACGAGGCGACAGAGGAAGAGGAUAAGCAAAACGAGGACGGUGUUAAAGGCCGAAAGGAGUUUACUGAAGCUCCCCCGCCCAAGGUGAACCCGUGGACUAGGAAAAUGAAUGCGGUGGUGACCGUGGUCAGCGUGAAUGGACAAGCACACCACGAGUCUACCGGCCCGGCCAAGGUGGUGCGAGCGGGGAACCCCCCGAAACCCAGACGUGGAGGAAAGGUUGGAGAUUUUGGCGAUGCCAACAGCUGGCCAACACCCGGAGAGAUCGCAACUAAAGACAUGCAGAUCGAGGCAGUGACACGGACCGAGUCCUGCCCGCCGACUGUCAGGCAGGUCAGAGACUCGUGGAGAUUCACUGCUCCGAAGAAGACGACGGCGACGACGGCGGCGGCGACGACGACGGCGGCGGCGGUCAAGAAGGAGUCGAAGGAGAAGAGGGAGAGCAACGAGGAGAGCAAGGAGAACCUGAAGGCCAAGUCGGACGACUCCGGAGAGGAGAAGAACGGAGACGAUGACUCCCAGAAGAACGGACCCAAGAAAAAAGGAAACAAGCAGAAGUGGGUUCCCCUGAUGAUCGAGGUGAAGUCGGAGGGUCCCCGGGAGCGCUCGGCCUCCAGGAACAACAGCAGGCAGAACGAAAACCCCCGCCUGCCUCCCAACGCCAGGAACGACCUCAGAGACUGGCACAGUCAAAAGUACGAGCGGGAGUGGCGCGACGACCACGACGAGGUGUCCAGCGUGAAGAGCGAGGGAGCGCCGUUCCGCGGAGGGUUCAGGGGUCGCGGGCGUGGAAGAGGAAGAGGCCGGGGGCGAGGCCGAGGUGGCAGAGGCCACUAUGACUACCACUACGGCUACAAGUCCUACGACUCGAAGGACGGACCCUCCGCCCAGAAGUUUGGCAACACGGUGACUUACUACUACGACAACAUGAGCAGCAGCGACCUUUACUCCGCCGACCACGACCUGCUGAAGGACUACAUCAAGAGGCAGAUUGAGUACUACUUCAGUCUGGACAACCUGGAGCGAGACUUCUUCCUGCGGAGGAAGAUGGACCAGGGGGGCUUCCUGCCCAUCGGACUCGUCGCCAGUUUCCACAGAGUUCAGGCUCUCACCACCGACGUCCACCUCAUCAUGGAGGCUUUGAAGAACAGCGAGGAAGUGGAAGUGAUCGACAUGAAGAUCCGCCGGAAGGUGGACCCGGAGAAGUGGCCUCUGCCGGGCCUGGCCAUGCUCAAUCAAACCCACACGGAUUUCUCCCAGCUCAUCAACUGCCCCGAGUUUGUCCCGAGGCAGCCGACCGAGGAGCCCAGAGGCUCUCCCAGGUCGUCCGCGCCGGCCAAGCAGCGCGGCAAGACCGAACUAGACAUCUCCAACCUCAAGACGAUGCCCAAGGGCCUCUCCGCCAGCCUCCCCGACCUGGACUCUGAGUGCUGGAUCGAGGUCAAGAAGAGGCCCAGACCCUCCCCGGCCAGACCCAAGAUCAGCGCAGAGAAGGCCCCCUCGUUGCAGCAGCAGAAGGAAAAGGACGACUCGAAUCGCUCCCCGGUGCCUCAGCCCGGCUCCUCGCCCUCCCCGGCUACCACAGGGAAUAAGGACGGAGCGGAGCCGGACGAACCCGAGGAGCUCGACUUCAUGUUCGACGAGGAGAUGCUUCAGAUGGACGGGCGGCGCAACACCUUCACAGACUGGUCGGACGAGGAGACGGAUGGCGAGAUCGACGACCACGACGUCAACAAGAUCCUGAUCGUGACGCAGACGCCGCCCUACCUGAGGAAGCACCCGGGGGGAGACCGCACGGGACACCACACGUCGCGCUCCAAGCUGACCAACGAGCUGGUGAAGGUGAUCAGCGACGGGCUGUUCUACUACGAGCGGGACCUGUGGGACGACACGUACGAGCCCGAGUACGCCACCAUCAAGCAAGAGGUGGAGAACUUCAAGAAGGUCCACCUGAUCAGCCGCGAAGAGUUCGACUGCCUGACCCCUGAACCCCCGGUCGACCCCAAGCAGGAAGUCCCUCCAGGGCCCCCCAAACCCCAGCAGAUCCCCACAGACGCUUUGGCGAACAAACUCUUCGGGGCCCCCGAGCCCUCCUCGAUAGCUCGCUCGCUCCCGACUACCGUGCCUGACUCGCCCAACUACCGCAGUGCCCGGACGCCCCGCACGCCCCGCACGCCUCACCGGAAGGACCAGACCAUGACGCCGCGCUUCUACCCGGUGGUGAAGGAGAGUCGACCCGUAGACGCAAAGACGCCCAGGAAGAGGAAGACCCGACACAGCUCCAACCCGCCCAUGGAGUGUCACGUCGGCUGGGUGAUGGACUCCAGAGAGCAUCGCUCCCGUACGGCCUCCGUCAGCUCUACUGCCAGCCCAUCGGAGGGCACCCCCGCCCUGGGUAACGUUGGCUGCACGCCUCAGUCCCUCCCCAAGUUCCAGCACCCGUCACACGAGCUGCUCAAGGAGAACGGCUUCACGCAACACGUCUACCACAAGUACCGCCGGCGCUGCCUCAAUGAGCGAAAACGUCUGGGAAUCGGCCAAUCACAGGAGAUGAACACACUCUUCCGCUUCUGGUCGUUUUUCCUGCGCGAUCACUUCAACAGGAAGAUGUACGAGGAGUUCAGACAGCUGGUGGUCGAGGAUGGGAAAGAAGGAUACAGGUACGGAUUGGAGUGCCUGUUCAGGUACUACAGCUACGGUCUAGAGAGGAAGUUCAGGCCGGACAUCUUUAAGGAUUUCCAGGAGGAGACGAUGAAAGACUACGAGGCUGGCCAGCUUUAUGGACUGGAGAAGUUCUGGGCCUUCCUUAAAUACGCCAAAACCAAGACCCUGGAGAUAGACCCCAAGCUGCAGGAGUGCCUGAGCAAGUUUAAACGUCUGGAAGACUUCAGGAUUGAUCCGCCGAUGGAGGAAGGAGGCCGCAGGAGACACUCGUCCAGCGGGGACGGUCGCCGCCGGCACCCCUCUCAGCCCACCAGCCGGCCCCACAGCCAGGCCAGCUCGGGCCCCGGGCCCGGCCCCGCUCCCGUCGCCCCGGGCCCCGCAGCCAAGGAUGAUGCCAAACCCGUCAGCCAGAAAGCCCCCGCCGCCGCCGCUGCCGCUGCCCCCGCACCAGAUGCCAAGACACUGAAGUAACGCCCAAGAAACACGCCGGCCCACAUGGAUCAACUCAACCACGUCUGCUCGUCGCCGGUUCUCUCUGCGCCACAUGGGGGGGAGGGAGGGAGGGAGGGGGGGGGGGCGUCCAGUUCUUCACUCAAGCAUGAGAAUAGUUUUUUUACACCCCUACAACGACUUCUGAAUGAGAAAUAAGGAAGACAAAUAAUUAAUACGGCUACGGUUUAUUAAUUAGUUCUGAUUUUGAGAGAAAAAUACCUUCUUUUUUUUUUUUGUCUUGAUGAGACAAGGAAUGGAGAAGGGUGUCAAACACUUUAUUUUAUUUUUCUUUAUAAAUCAUUGCCAGUCCACUCGGUGGACGGUUCAGUGGUGAUUUACUACCCUGGAAAUUCUUCUUUUAUUUUUUUAGUUUCUUACAUUUCCACGCGGACCCGCUCUCUCCGAUCGUCGCUGGCUGAAAGACGUUUGACUCCUCCCCCUGAUCUCAGAUUUACGAUUAUUAUUUUGCUCGGCAUGUGGAGAGAGAUCGCAGACUUUGGAAAUAGUUUGAACAAGAUUGAGCGUCUGGAGCCGGAGAGGCCGAGCUGCUCCUCGCAUCCAACCGGACCAAAGUGGUUUGAAACCAAGCGACUGAUAUUUCCACCCGCAAAGCCCCCAGCGCUCUGUCGAGGGGCUAAAAAUUAACUAAAAUAUAUUAGAUUUACUUUACGGCUGAACAUUGAGGGGGAAAUUAUUAAAAGAACCAAAUGAUAAAAAACGAGGAAAAAGAAAAGACUUCAGUACGGACACGAUCAUUGAAAGUUGCCUUAUUUUAAUGGUUUUACUGCUUCUGUCUUGUGCCGCCACCUUGUUGUCCGUUGUACAGCAUUGGAAUCAUCCAUUUACCUGGUCACCGUUUGUUCCCGGCAGAGGCCACUAGGUGGGGCUGUGUCGGCCAAACUGUCC